GAUGGAAUCAAACGAUCUACCCCUUCGCAUCUUUGCUGAUCAGCAGGAGCCGGUGGGGGAGAGAGUGAACUCAUACUUCAAGCUUGAAACCUUAGGUGUCAUUCUCAAAGCACUUACACCGGACGAAUUAAACGUGAUCCGCCCUCGGCGCUCUAAGAACCUCUCUACCGAGCUGAAGGUAAAAUACGCAUGCCUUCUCCUUGUUGAUGGAUUGUUAUGCCGCAAAUCGGCAGGCAUGAAGAUCCCGAAAGAACAUGUGGAGAUGAUCCGAGACCUUGAUUACUUCCUGGACUUCCCAUGGGGGCGUCAUUGCUUUGACAUGACAGUUCAGUGCAUAAAAUCCCGGACAAUCCAUCAGCUAGCACAGCCCACCGUAGCUGUUCAAGGUUUCAUACACGCGGUCCAGCUAGUGUUGCUUGAUGCGGUUCCCGCAGCACUGGAAACUCUGGUAGAAGAAGGUGAUUCUGACUUCGAAGACGACGAGUGUUUGGUAGCUAGCACCCUAAAACUCGAUAAACUAUGGGCUCUCGACUCGUCUGGACAGGUAUCGGUCAUUCCAAUAAUCCCAGGUGAGGUCGAUGGUAACUCGGAAGUCGACCUGUCAUGGCCCGACGAAGCUGAAGAUCCGAAGGUGGAUUACAUGGAGAUGCUGAUCGCAGAGGGUGCAGAGUUUUGCAGGGAGUCCUUCCUUGGAGGCCUGUUAGCCGAAGCGCCACCCCCGAAGUCAAAAACGCAAAUCCGAAAACGCAAAGCGAAACCUGCCGUGAAGGAAAGGUCUGUUGCCAGUUCUUCUCGGGCCAAAAAAACAAAAGGAAUGUGGGAAAUCACCUAUUGCCGC